AUGACCAACCCUCCCGGCUUCGAGCCCCACUUCUCCUACUCCUUCAAGUCGUUCGUGCCCGGCUGGCAAGCCAGCAGCUCUGGCGCCGCGGGUGCCUCAGCAGGUGCCAGUGCCGCCGGCGCUGCGUCCGCCGCAGCCGGGGCCGGUGGCGGCGGCGGCUUCCCGCCCCCCAACGCACACUACCACAACUACUACGGCGGGCGGUAUUACCGCCCGCGCAGGUUCGGCUUUGGGCGCCGCUUCGUCUGGUUCGGUCUCGGCGCCAUGGCCGCCACCUGGUGGAUCAGCCACAAGACGCACCACGACGAGCGCCGCAAGCUCUGGCACCAGGAGAUGCGCGACCGCCACCCCAACGCGGCCUUCCCCGAGGCGCAGCCGCCAUAUAAAUUCGACUGGACGAGCCACCGCCCUGCAUUCCCAUGCUCUGAGCGUGCGCGUGCGCCGCCUGCCGAGCCCGCCACCCCCGCAGUCGCCAUCCCGACCGAGUUCCCCAAGCCCGCCCCCGUCGUCGCCGCUGUGCCUGUCCCCGAACCCGCCAUCGUUGCUGCUCCCGUUGUCGCCGCCGCCCCUGCCGCCCAGGCGCCAGUAGCGGACGACAAGCCCCGCCGCUCGUGGGGAUGGCGUGCGCGCCGCCGCGAGCAGGCCGAGCGUGAGAAGGCCGAGCGUGACGCCGCCACUGCCGCUGCCGCCGCCACCCCCGCAGUAGUCCCCGAGGACGAGAUGGCGCGUAUCCGCGAGUCAGUCGAGCGCCUGUGGGAGGAGCGCGUGCGUGAGGGCCGCGAAGCGCAAGCGCGCGCCGAGGACGCCGCCCGCGAGUAUGCGCGCGAUAAGCUCGACCGCCUGAGCUCAACCCUCGACCGUCUCCGCGAGACGCUGGACCAGCCCAAGACUGGCAGCGACGGCAAGCCGCGCGACGGGCGCAUGGUGUAA